AUGGCAGAUAAGGGGUGGGUCCUAGCGAAACGGGAAUGGAGCCGAUUGGAAUUUGUGGGUUGGGUAAGGGAGGGUUUUUUAGGGCACGAACUUCGUCCAAAAUCGUUUACUGCAGCUAAUCCUGACGAACCUGGUGGAUCGAGAGACCGGCCAUGGUGUGCUGCAGGUCGUCGUAAUGGAUAUUCAACAGCGAGAUGGAUUCCUGAAACUUCUUGCUUCGAUCUACCCAAUACUGCAUCUGCAACCAAAGAUCCGCCUCUGUUUAUCUCCUUCCACUCCCUCUCUGUUUUUCAGUGUUCAAGUUUCGAUUUUUAUGUGCUGAAAUCUAUAAAUUUGAUGUCUUUGGGUUCUGUUAAAUUGGAUUGGUUGGUGUUGUGUCUCACGGUUUUCAUCUUCAUCGACUAUUGGGUUGGAUCGACUAUUGGGGAGCUUCCUCAAUGGGCAGUUGUCGGUGAUACAUUCCCAGUUGGCUGUGCUUUUGAUCAAUCCAAUGUUCAUCACAAGUACUUUGCGGAAAAUCCUGACUACUAUAAUCCUUCUUACAACACUAAGUAUGGAGUUUACUCGGAGGGAUGUGGACUCGAAAAUGUUAUGAUGUCGUGGGGGCACGAUGAUUACAUGUAUUUGGUGGCCACAGAGAACAAAUCAACUCUGCCUUCAGCAGCUCUGUUUAUCAUUAGAUACCACUCAUUCUAUGCCUUACAUAAAGCGGGAGCGUAUAAGCACUUAAUGAACGAAGAGGAUGUCGAAAACCUGAAAUGGCUCCGUGUAUUCAACAAGUAUGACCUUUACAGCAAGAGCAAGAUACGGGUUGACGUUGAGAAGGUGAAGCCAUACUAUAUUUCUCUCAUUGAAAAGUACUUCCCUUCGAAGCUAAGAUGGUGAAUAUCCCAGCUCUUCCGUUCAAUGUGUAACGAGUGUCGACUAUAUACCAGCAGAUAGCGAGCGAGCUAUACGCGAGGGAUGACAUUUCGAUUUGUAGCUGCAAUUCCUUGUUAUUUCAUAAUGAUUUCGUGUAA